GAUGGUUGUAUGCCCGUGGCGCAUUUCAUACAUCCGAGUGUAAUGGUAACCAGAUAGAAAGGCGCCGCGCGCGGGGACCAUCGGCCGGCGUUAACACCCGAUGGAAUAUGGGAUCUGGAGUCUUCACGUCGCGGGUGAACUUUGGGGUGACCCGCGUCUCGCCCGAAGGCAUCCAAUUCUGCCUUCCGGCGCGACGCAGAUCCUGCCAAGGGCCGCGUUCGCCCUGAGCGCACUGCACCGGCCCGAUAUGCUGCCACUGCCGUUGACGGCGGCGGGGCCACCUUACGUUCCGAUAGAACUGGUCACGAAACCAGCCUCGGUCACAUCCACCAAUGUCGAAGACGCUGAGGAUGGGGAGAAGAGCACGAACGGCGAAGAUGAAGAUCCUCAGCAGCGCGGUGACAACGAAGGAAACAUCGAAAAGGCUGAUCAAAAUGAAAAUCAGACUUACGUGCCAAACGAAAAUAAUGACAACGAAGACGCUGGUGACGAGAGCGAUACUGGUAGCACGAACAGUUCACAUCAAUCGGCAAACAACAAUCUAUCAAUCGCGAAGCUUCCCGAUCCGAUGUCAUGCCUGGCUCUCGACAAGGAAGGAACGGUGACACCUGUUCUGAAUGGUUGGGUACUGGGUGCUUACACGGCGAUGUUAGGCAGACUAUCUGCCGCUACUGCAGCUCUAGAAGCAACAGAAGUUCCCAAUGUUCCCUCCGACAGUGAUUCCGAGAGCGAGCACUCAUCCUACACUGAAAAAUCGAGAGGUAGCAGUCCGAACGUAAACAGCAUUCGUGGCUAUUCGUGCGGCUCCUGCGAUGUGGUGGCACCGACGAGACCGGCCUUAAGGAAACAUAUAGCUGAUUGCCAUCCCGCUUUAUCCGGUACGGAGACCGGGGAAACCAAGAGGUGUCCGUCCACGGGCUGUGACUUCACAACGACCAGUAGAUGCGAGAUGGAAACCCACGUAGCGGCACAUGUAGCCCAAGGGAUGACGCCUACGGGGAAGAAACGUUCGCUGGCCUUGCAACGCGUCAGGUAUAGGUACGAAAGGGAGGAAUAUCGGUGCUCACUUUGCUCGUAUGCAUGCACGAUCGAGAAGGCAUUUCAAAGACAUCUGCGAGCGCAUGCGAGAGGCAGCGCGCCGGAGACUAGGGUGAGCUGCGCCGUCUGUGGUGCCGACCGAUCGUCCGAGGUCGAUCUCAGCAGACACAUGCGAAGGCACCGCGAUGAUCGAUAUUUCUGCUGCGAUAUUUGCAUUUUCCGCACGGUGCAAUUGAAGAAGCUGAUACAGCAUCGUCGCAUGCACACGGGUGAGAAGCCGCAUUUGUGUCCGCACUGCGCUUAUCGCAGCGCACGUCGCGACAAUCUACGCAGUCACGUAAGGCGAGUACACAAAAAGGAGAACCUCUAUUGCGACACCUUCAGCCCGCGCGGCAUGCUGAUAACUCCCUCACUGUUGGCCUCCUCGAGGGAUACUACUGACGUCGACCUGAUGCAGAGCCCGGCAUCUUCGCCCUCUUCAAAUCCGGACGCGACCAACUAGCGAAAACGUUCUCGAAGAACAAAGAAAAUGCAGAAACAGAAAUCUGGGACUCGCCUGUCCUUUAUACGUCCUCGUUUUGUCAAUACUGCGAUCUAGAUAUAUUAGAAUUUACAGGAAGACUUGUACACAAGUGCUGAACUUGGCAGACAAACGAAAGAGAAUUGCAAUCAAGUGGGAAUUAAAGCUAAGUUCAAUAAAAAUUGAGAAUUAUCUAUAAUUUCACGAAGAAAGCAACUUAAGAGAUAAACUAGAAACAGAGAUUAAAAAUAAUUUACGAAAUUGACAUUGAUAAAGUCAUAUUGACACAAAUAAAGUCUAUCGGGAAAAAUAAAUUUCAAAAUGAAUUGUUUCCCAAAUCAGCAUCGACAAGGCUUCCUCCUUUAGACGUUAGGAAGCGUAUAGAUUAUUGCAUGCGAUAAUUUAACGUCGGUAAUUUACCUUUGAAUUCUAACGAGAUCUUGUAUUAGCUAUGUAAACGUCCAAGUGUUUCGAUGAAGUAUACGAUCGGUAGAUCGCCCGUUCGCGUCGAUUAUUGACAACGAGCGGGGAAAGCUGCAAAAUGGUGCUAGAAUCGUAGAUUGGCUCGCGGAGAAAGA